AUGAAGGGCCAGUCGAGAUUUGGCAAGAAGGGUAAGUUAUCACCUUGUUACAUUGGGCCAUUUCAAAUACUUGAGAGGCUCAGUCCAGUUGUCUAUGGAAUUGCUUUGCCACUGGGUAUGGAACAAAUGCAGUAUGUGUUCUAUGUCUCAAUGUUGAAAGGCUACCUCUGGGAUCCAUUUCAUGUGAUAGACUACUACCAGAUAGCUCUCGAUGAAAAUAUGGAAAAUAAAGAAUGGCCAGAACAAAUCAUUGACUGGAAAGUAAAACAACUGAGAAACAAAUCCAUCCCAAUGGUGAAAGUGGAAUGGAAAGAACAUUAUGGAAGGGAUGCAAUGCAGGAGAAAGAGGAUAAGAUGCAACAACACUACCCAUAUUUGUUUCCAACGGAAGGUGAGCAGUGGGAAGUCCAGCCCAACCCUAGUGUAAAUGUGAAGGAGUACCAAGUUUUUGAAGUCAACCAAGGUUGCCUCACAUAUGAGGCUUUUGAUUUCCUUUUAGUGUUCUUUUGUGGUCACAUGUGA